GCCAUGUUCUCCAGGUCGCCCAGAAGCGCAAUCUCUGCGGCACAGAGAGCUGCUCGUCUCCAGAGCACAAUUGCGAUACCUGCUGCCUCCAGCGCGUCGUCCUCCGCCAACACGCCAGCAUUGCCGCCCCAGAGACUGACAGAAGCUCAAUACGCAGCAAGCGUCGUCCAUGGACGUAGCGUUCGCCCCCCAUUCUACCUUCCCAAAACGCAUGGCAUCCCCGUCGCGACCCUGCACUUCCGUUCGUACCAUCCCAAGCUCCUCGACUUCUUCGUCCACUUCGCCAGUCACGCCGCCACUGCGCUCGGCAUCCCCAUCUCAAAGCCGGUCCAUCUUCCCACCGAGAGGAGGCUAUGGACGGUCCUGCGCGGCCCAUUCGUCCACAAAAAGUCUCAGGAGAACUUUGAGCGGAGGACGCACAAGCGCGUCGUGAAGGCGUGGGACGCGAACCCGGAGGUCGUGGAUCUGCUCGUGCAGUACCUCGAGAGGCAUAUCGCGCCGGGCGUCGGCCUGCGGACGGUCCAGUGGAGGCGGGCACCGGUGGGCGUGGGCCAGAAGACGUUGGAGGCGGUCAUGGGUUCGUUGCGGUUGGACGACCAGGUGCGGCGCGAGAAGGUGAAGGCGUUGGGCGAGCAGAUUGUGAAGCAGGAGCUGGCGAGUGCGGCGGAGGCUGCGAAGGAGGGUGCGGUGGCGAAGACAUCGCCCAAGGCCGACAAGAAGAGUUCAUAGUUCCUGUGUCCUCUACGCUUUUACUGCAUCGACAUCCCCCUGGAUUGUAUUGUCCAGGUAAUAUACGCAUCAAUAG